UUCUUUAUUGGGAAGACGAGAAAUUGUGGGGUUACUCUAACAACAAAAAUCCAGGUUCCAUUUCGCCAUUAAACCCAUCCAGAGCAACGAGAUAGAGCUUCUUUUUUUUCUUUUUUUUUUUCCGAAGAAGAAAUAACCCACACUGCUUAGACAACAAUGGAGGAAGGACCUACUCGAAUAAUGCUUGCAGUUAAUCAAUCAACCAUCAAAGGCUAUCCGCACCCUUCCAUUAGCAGCAAAAGAGCCUUUGAAUGGACUCUCCAGAAGAUCGUCCGCUCUAACACUUCUGGUUUCAGAUUCCUCUUCCUCCAUGUCCUUGUCCCUGACGAAGACGGUUUUGAUGAGGUAGAUAGUAUCUUUGCAUCACCUGAUGAUUUUAAAGAGUUGAAGAAAAGGGACAACGCAAGAGGGCUUCAUCUACUGGAGUACUUUGUCACUAGAUGCCACGAAAUUGGGGUUGCUUCUGAAGCUUGGCUUAAGAAAGGCGAUCCAACUGAAGUAAUUUGCCUGGAGGUGAAACGCAUUCAACCCGAUUUUCUAGUUGUGGGAAGCCGGGGACUUGGCCCAUUCAAAAAGGUUUUUGUGGGCACUGUUAGUGAAUUCUGUGCAAAACAUGCUGAGUGCCCUGUCAUUACGAUUAAACGUAGGGAGGACGAAACACCCGAUGAUCCUGUCGACGACUGACCUUUCAGCCGUUAAAACUUAUUACAUCUUUGAUUUCGUUUCAUCCUCUUGUUUAUAAAUAAGAAACUUUUGGUGAGUGUCUCGUCUAUUCUAUCAAGUAUGUAAAGGUUUGCCAAUGCGUUAUUGAUUUGUACUUGUCUUGUGGUUCUGUUCAAAUAUACAGCCAACCAUUGUUUGUUGAAUUGAUUGAUGAGUGAUGACCCAUUUGGGAAUUGGUAACAUCCUUUCCUAUGAAGCAACAAACACAUUGAGAAUCGAUAUCAUAUCAAAUGCCAGACACUCUUGUACACUUA